CAGCAACAACCUUGAUAGAGUCUAUUGCAAUUUAUAAAAACUAGAAUGUCUGUUACAGAUCUAUUAAGUGCACGAGAUGCAAUUUCUAAGCCUUCACUAAAUGUCAGUGAGCCCGUAACGAAUGGCGAUUUUAGCUGUGCUCCAGUUUGGUUGACAGAGAAUUAUAUGCAGACAGCAUUACGUGAAUUUUAUGCAGAGCAAAAAAUAAAGAUCAUUAAAUUGGAUGCUGAGCCAGCGCUUGGACGUGGUGAAAACUAUGGAGGCGUGCUGACGCGCAUAAGAACGGAAUUUACCAGACAGGAUGGCAGCCUACAAAGCGGUCAUUUUAUAGUAAAAACAUCGUUUGAAAGUGAUGAAUUUUCUCGGAAGCUCAUGGAACCUUAUGAUAUAUUCAGACGUGAAAUGACAGUCUAUGAACAGAUAUUGCCAAAGCUAAAGUCGCUUCUUUUGGAGAUUGAUGAUGAUGAGAAAAUCUUUGCCGAGACUAUGACCGUUGAUUACGACAGAAGUGCCUUAGUAUUUGAGGACCUCAAUAAGCGUGGCUAUGUAAUGCCAGAUCGAUUGGUUGGACUGGAUAUGAACAUGGCCCGCAUAGUGCUGCGCAAGCUGGCAAAGAUGCAUGCCACAUCAGCGGUUCUCAAUGAGCGUGAGAUUGGUUGCUUGGAGACCUUCGAUUGUGGCAUGUUUAAUCGUCACACGAAUAACUAUGCACCUUGCUUCGUUGGCAUGUUGGAGGCAGCCAGCCGAUGUGUAUCCCAAUGGCCUGGCUAUGAGAAAUAUGCAGAGAAACUCAAAGCUCUGGUACCCAUCUAUAUGGAGUUGGGCAAGCGUGUUUUCGAUGUCAGUCCGGGUAUUAAUGUCUUGGCUCACGGUGAUCUUUGGACCAACAAUGUACUAGUCAAGUAUAACAAAGCUACUGGGAAGCCGGAGGAUGUCAUCAUCAUUGAUUUUCAGUAUGUCGCUUGGGGAUCGCCUGCUAUUGAUCUGUUUUACUUUCUAAAUUCGUCACUGCAACUUGAAUUCCAUUUGCAUAAUCAGGAGGAACUCAUCAAGUAUUACUUUGAUAUAUUUUCCGAAACACUUCAAAAAUUGCGCUUCAAGUCGCACAUCCCAAGUCUGCACAACUUUCACUUGCAAAUGAAACAGAAAUCAUUUUAUGCCAUGCAUACUAGUCUUAUGAUCUUUCCCAUCCAACGCAAUGUGGAAACAGAGGACGCGGAUUUUAAUGCAUUAAUGGAGACUAACGAAAGGGCGAUUCAAUUUAAAAAUGCUUGUUACAGAAAUCCAGUGACCCAGAAUAUUCUUCGGGUCCUGUUGCCAGUGUUUAACUGCGAAGGAUUAUUGGACGCAGAUCAGUAAUUUUACCAAUUUAUAUUAAUAAUACAUUCCCAUAUAUAGCUGCUAGUCAGAUAAAACAACGCAAAAAACUUACCUAUGUAGCUGCUCGUUCUGCUUGAAGAGAUGCUGAAACAAUUGAUUUAUUUUAUAAAAUUAUGAUAUAUGUAUAGUUAGCAGAUAUAAGCAACAAAAUCAAAAUAAAUAACGAAAACUAACUGCAACUGACUACCAAUAAAGAAUCCUAUAGCCAGUCAUUUGUAUUUAGUCUUCGGUUUUAAUUUUAAUUUUUGAUUUAAAGCUUAGGUGAU